AUGACAGCAGAGGAACCCCUGGGCCAAAGGGUGUGCAGCUCUGUGAGGGAGGUCAAGUUAAUGCCUGAGCACGGGCUGAGGGAGGAACUCAAAAGCUGCAACGAAGAAGGAACACAUUAUCACACAGGCAUGCCCAGUGAAGAAUGUCCAGCAAUCACAGACAGUUUAUCCUCACACACUCUGCUGUCCUCUUGUCUUUUGAUUGUCAGUCUGUGCAGCGAGGAACCAUUCUGCAAGAUCUGCCAUGAGGGCAGGAUCACAGGAGAGCUGCUAUCACCCUGUGAAUGCUCUGGUAGCCUGGCCAUGGUUCACCGAGCCUGCCUUGAGCACUGGCUCACCGCCUCCAACAGCAGCCACUGUGAACUCUGCCACCACCAGUUUGCACUGGAGCGCCUACCGAAACCUCUCACUGAGUGGUUGUCUUCUCCAUCCAUGCAGCAGCAGAGGCGGACACUGUGUGGAGACGCAGUGUGUUUCCUGUUCAUCACGCCACUGGCCAGCCUGUCAGGGUGGCUCUGUGUUCAAGGAGCAAUGGACCUUUACAACACCAACACAAUGGAGACCCUGGGGCUCCUGGUCCUGACACUGGCCCUCUUUACAAUAUACGUCUUCUGGACAGUGGUAUCUGUGCGCUACCACAUGCAUCUGUUCAAGACAUGGAAGAAGACUGAUCAGUGGGUGCGACUUCAGAUUCCUUUUCCUUCCCACAUCACACAUAACCAACAGACCCUGUCCAUAAACACCCUCCCCAAAACCCCCAACAAAGAAACUAUGGUGUAGACUACAGUCUGCAGUAAUCGACAUAUCUCAAGGUAUGAGGGAGGAGGGGAAGCUCAU